GUGGUGAUCUCCUUAAAUGGAAGGCUGCAAAGAUUUCUACACUUGUGGGUCUUGACCUUUCUAAUGUAUCAAUUGAGGAUGCCAAAAAGCGUUGGGAGAAUAUUAGAGGCGGUAAACAUCCUGCUGGAUUCCAUGCCGAAUUCCAUGUUUUAGAUUGUUUUUCUAAUCCGAUCACCUCAAUUGCGUCUAUAAAAAAUAAACUGUUUGAUGUCGUCAGCAUGCAAUUUUGUCUUCAUUACUCAUUUGAAACAGAAAACAAAGCACGCAUGGCUUUAAAUAAUGCUUCUUCUAAUUUAAAAGAAGGUGGAUUGUUUAUUGGCACUGUAACUGAUGCCAAUUGGAUCGUCAAAAAACUAAAAACUUUAGAUCCAAAGGCGUUGGAAUUUGGUAAUUCGAUAUAUUCUAUAGUAUUCGAACAAAAACAUGAAUUUCCGACCUUUGGUCACAAAUAUAGGUUUAACCUCGAGGAUGCCAUAAACGACUGUCCUGAAUAUUUGGUCCAUUUUCCAACCUUUGAAAAGAUGGCAAGGGAAUAUGGCUUAGAGUUAAUAUACAAAAAGAGAUUUCACGAUAUAUAUAAUGAAUCAAAAGAGGAUCCGCAAUAUCGCGAACUAUUGUACAAAAUGUCUGUAAUUAAACGCAAAGAGCCUAGUGAGAUGAGCGAUGCAGAAUGGGAAGCUGCAGGGAUAUAUAUAGGUUUUGCAUUCAAGAAAGUAAGAACAUAA